AUGUGCCGGGAGGAUUCCGGCGGGCAGCCUAGUAGGGUGGUCUUCGGCCUCACCUCCCGUCCCAAAACGCCAUCAAUUUCUCGACCGCCGACGCCACCGACGAUUGUGAUAGCUGGCGCUCGCGAGUCAGUUAUCACCGACAGAACUAAGUAUGGCUAUCCCAACAACACGUCUCCACAACCGCUGCUGUUUCUGUCAGAAGCCUGUCACCGGCCUGUCAUCCUGUCCUGUCUGUUCUUCGCGACUCGUCAAUCAAUUCCCCGUCUGCACGAGCCUUGGAGACAGGACAUCCGCACCGGGACGGGUGAUGCGCAGAUCACCUCCAGGGGCCCUCUCGGAAAGGAGAUUAAGCUGAUCUGGACGUCAACCCAGCGAUGCUGGACGCGCGCCUCCGAUAUUGCGUCCACGGAACAGCUUGACCUCAUGGAGCUCUUGACAGACUCCUUGAGAGGAGUCUGA